UUUCUGUAGUAGGAAGCAGGCAGGCUGAGCGUACUUCACUGCAGUGCCCUACAGAAGCAGCAGCACUGCUUCAUCCUGCUCUCUCUGCCAGUCUGCUGCUGCUGCUCACUCGGCUGUAGAGCACACACACACACACACACACACACUCUGGUCUUCCUGGGAUAGACACCGGCUACUCUCACCCUCUCUCUGCAUGACUGUCACAAAGAUGUCAUGGCGCCCGACCUACCGAAGCUCCAAGUUUCGAAACGUCUACGGCAAAGUUGCCAACAGGGAGCACUGCUUCGAAGGCAUCCCCAUCACCAAGAACGUCCAUGACAACCACUUCUGCGCCGUCAACAGCAAGUUCCUGGCCAUAGUGACAGAGAGCGCCGGAGGAGGGGCUUUCAUCGUUAUCCCAGUCACUCAGUCCGGCCGUAUCGACCCUCACCACCCAAAGGUCUGCGGUCACCAAGGCAACGUGCUGGAUAUCAAGUGGAACCCUUUCCAUGAGAACAUCAUUGCUUCCUGCUCAGAAGACUCUUCUGUGCGGAUAUGGGAGAUUCCAGAUGGUGGCCUGAGGAGGAACAUGACUGAAGCCAUAUUGGAGUUGUAUGGUCACAGUAGACGAGUGGGUCUUAUAGAAUGGCACCCGACCAGCAGUGGCAUCCUGUUUAGUGCAGGAUAUGACUACAAGAUCCUGAUCUGGAACCUGGAGAUUGGCGAGCCUGUGAAGAUGAUCGACUGCCACACAGAUGUGAUCCUCUGCAUGUCCUUCAACACUGAUGGAAGCCUGUUGGCCACCAGCUGCAAGGACAAGAAGCUGCGCGUCAUCGAACCCCGCUCAGGCCAGGUGCUACAGGAGGCGAGCUGCAAGAACCACAAAGUAAACCGUGUUGUGUUCCUGGGCAACAUGAAACGACUCCUAACAACGGGGGUGUCCCGCUGGAACACACGACAGAUUGCACUCUGGGAUCAGGAGGAUCUGUCCAUGCCAAUAAUAGAGGAGGAGAUAGAUGGCCUCUCUGGGUUGCUCUUCCCUUUCUAUGAUGCAGACACACAUAUGCUGUAUCUGGCGGGCAAGGGUGACGGUAACAUUCGCUACUAUGAAGUGACUACAGAGAAGCCUUACCUGCAGUACCUCAUGGAGUUCAGGUCCGCUGCACCUCAGAAAGGACUCGGUAUAAUGCCUAAACAUGGCUUGGAUGUGGCAUCCUGUGAAGUCUUUAGGUUCUAUAAGCUGGUGACACUGAAGGGAUUGAUCGAGCCCAUCUCCAUGAUCGUGCCUAGAAGGUCAGAGACGUAUCAGGAGGACAUCUACCCCAUGACUCCAGGAACAGAACCUGCUCUCUCUGCUGAUGAGUGGCUCAGUGGUGUUAAUCGAGGGCCAGUGUUAAUAUCUCUGAAGGAGGGCUACAGCAGACCCAGUAAGCUGGUGUUCAAGGCCCCAGUGAAGGAAAAGAAGAGUGUGGUGGUGAACGGGAUUGACCUGCUGGAAAAUGUGCCUCCCCGCACAGAGAACGAGCUCUUGCGGAUGUUCUUCAGGCAGCAGGAUGAGUUGAGGCGGCUGAAAGACGAGCUAGCGCAGAAGGACGUUAAAAUACGACAACUGGAGCUGGAGCUGAACAACCUGAGAAACAGUCCGAACAUCAACAACCGCAACAACAAUAACAAUAGCAGUGACAACAGCAUGUGACCAGGGUCAAGCCCUUGUAAAAUAACUCCCAGUACUGCUGAACAACUUCCUGGAUACCCCUCUCUUAUAUACCACAAGGCCAAGCAUUUGUCCCCACCAAGCAGUGUCUCACUCUGAUCCUAACUAUUGAUGCCUUUAAUGCUGUCAGACUCUACUGGGGCGUAAGUCGACCCCUUUAUCACUAAAACCUCUCACACCUUAUGGCCUGUGUUUACUGCUGCUUUCCCAGCAGUAUUAGUAUACCUAAGGCUCACAUUCACAAACAAACACAAAGAUUUGGGGAGGAAAAGUAGUUCAAAGGGACAAAACAUUCUUUAAGAUUUCUUUCUUGCUAUUUAACUCUAUUAAUUGUAUUUUACUCAUUUUUACACAUACUCUCUCUGUCUUUCACUUUUAUCCAUAUUUCUCCUCUGUUGUGGAUAUGUGGGCUGCCAAAUUUGCAGUAUUGGAUUGGAAUGGCUUUGAAGGUUAUUUGAUACAAGCCAUUAAUUGUAUUAUGUUUUUUUGUGUGUUUUCUUGAUAAUUGUAAUUAUUUAUUUUGUUAUAUAAGUUUUCCCCAAUUAUGCAUUGUUUUAAAUAAUUAAGCUCAUCUCAUCUUUAACCAUGGAUGUAGAGACAGAGAUCAUUAGCUGGUCAACCAAAUAUGUCUUCUAGAACUCA